AUGGCAACCUCCAUCAUCGAUAUUCAACGAAAUGUUAUCCUAGACACCAUCCGGGCCACGAGCGGCCGCGAUUGGAAGGUGCUCGUUUUGGACGACCAGAGCAGUCGAUUGGUCUACAAUGUCACAAAAGAGGAUGAUAUCCUCAAUGCCAACAUCACGAACAUCGAGCGCAUCGAAGAUCGCAGGCAGACACUUACGGAUACAGACGCCAUAUACCUCCUUUCCCCUCUCCCCCAUAUCGUCGAAUGCCUAAAGGCAGAUCUCAGUCGAAAGAGAUAUCGUCGAGCACAUCUGAUCUGGACAUCGCAGCUGCCGCGACAUCUCAGCGAGGAGAUCUUCCGCUCUGAAACACGAGCUCGAUCGAUUAUCGAAAACCGCAGUCUUAAUAUCGACUUCUUCCCCCGAGAAGCCAAUCUCAUCACAUUCAGAGAACCAUGGAGCUUUCAUGUCCUCUACCACCCGGCUUGCGACGCGCUGGUUAAGAACCACUUGGAUGCAUUGACCCAAAAGAUCGUGUCGAUAUGUGUCUCGUUGGGCGAAUACCCGAUGAUCAGGUUCUACAAGCCCAGGGACAGCGAGCGCCACCCUGCCGAUGUGCUAUGCUAUCAUCUAGCAAGUUUUGUGCAGGCAGCGCUCGACAAUUAUGCCCGCGAUGAACGGAACGAAUUCCCCCCUCAGACGCAAUCGACUCGUCCUCGAGCAGUGCUCUUGAUCACGGCCAGAUCGAUGGAUCUCGUGUCCCCAUUCGUUCACGAACUCACCUACCAGGCAAUGGCUAUGGACCUGCUGCCAAUUAGAGACGAUGAGGACAAGAUCACGUAUAGGAAUGUCAUCAGACGCGGCCAGCCGGACCAAGAAGAAAAGGAUGUGGAGAUUACAGACAAGGAUAAUCUCUGGGUUUCGCAUCGACACAUGCAUAUGAAGGAUCUGUUGAUAGAACUCAGCGACGCCUUUCGAAAGUUCCAAGCGAACAAUCCCCAAUUCGCAGACACCGACGGGCAGCCCGCUAGCAUCAACACCAUAAAAGACAUGUUGGCUGGUCUCCCUGAAUUUCAAGAAGGCAAAGAGGCCUUCUCGCUACAUAUUGACAUGGCGGAGAGAUGCGCAAAGAUAUUUGCAGACCACAAGUUGUUGGAUGUGGUCUCGGUCGAGCAAUCCCUUUCCACCGGUUUGGACGAAGAUCAGAAGAAACCUAAGAAUCUGGCCGACCAACUUGUGAAGCUCUUGGACGAUGACAGCAUCAUUCACGAAGACCGGGUGCGCCUUUUGAUAUUGUAUAUUCUGUACAGACACGGCAUAUUGCGAGGAGAUAUCGAGAAACUACGUUGUCAUGGUCAAUUGUCACCGGUGGACGGCGAAAUAAUCUACAACCUCAUCACUCUCGGUGCGAGGGUCGAGAAGCAGCUCAAAGACACAACAGGCCCCCCAGCACCAUUGUUUCCACCUCGACUGAAAGAAGCAAGUAUCAGUCCUGAAGAAGUCAGCCUGUCGCGAUUCGAGCCGGCGUUGCGCUAUAUGCUAGAAGAUCAAUGCCAGGGCACACUUGACCAAACCGUUUUUCCACCUGUCAAACCACACCUCAAUGACCCGAACAGUCAAGGCAUGGGAGCACAAACGUCACUCCGCAACGCGGGAAAACCCACCUGGGCACAGACACGCUCUCAGUCGAACAAACCGCGUCAACGAAUCAUUGUCUUCGUUGCAGGCGGAGCUACAUACUCAGAAGCGCGUGCCUGCUAUGAGGUCUCCCGUAUGGCUGGUAAAGAGGUCUUUCUCGCGACAACACACAUGAUUACGCCCAAAAACUUUCUGAGACAAGUGAGUCUGCUCAGCUCUGGUCGGAAACAGCUUGACCUACCACUUGAUCGCACCCAGCCGAAGUUACCGGCAUGGAUGUCAGAGCCUCCACCACAGGCUCAGCAGCCAAGACCUCCAGGCGCCGGUGUGAAUGGAAGCGGCAUGAGGUCGACGACCGAUGCGAUGGCCAGGUUGAAUGUUAGUGGAGGACCCAGGCCAGAGAAGCCUAGGCCUGACAAUGGGAUCCGCCCCGGCGUCGGGACAAGUCCAUCCAGACCACAGCAGCCUGGUUCCGCGCCCGCCCCAUACCAGAAUCCUCUGGCGCCAGGCAGAGAUAGUGCAAGUCAUGGAAAGCUGAAGAAGGACAAAAAGCACCUGGGAUUAUUCAAGAAGCACUAG